UGAAAGGCAGACGGACUACAAAUUCACGGACACAUUCCAUUCCUUCUUCUCUUCCUACGACAAUUUGAAUAUGAAACCGAGUUUCACCGCGCUAAUUGAGGACUGAGCGUCGUUCAAGAUGUUAGCAUACUCCUACCAAUGUAGAUUACUUUCUACGCGACUGAUUGCUAGAAGUAUUGUGCCAAUUUGUCGCCCUAUCACUCAGAAUCAUGCCUUGAAUUCUAAUAAACUUGGAACUGCACCAGCUGUUCAGAGAACCGGUCUGUUACCAUCAUACCACUGGACAUUUGAACGUAUUCUAGCUGCAAGCAUGUUGCCAUUAUAUCCAGUCGCACUAUAUAUGGAUACCCCUAUGAUGAAUUUUAUAGUAGUGACUGCUGUUUCCAUGCAUUCCUACUGGGGAUUUGACGGUGUCAUCAAAGACUAUGCAUUUGAACGUCGUUAUGGUCCUGCACUGAUGCCUAUAUUACGCACAUUAUGGAAAGUUAUGGCUGGUUGCGGUUAUGCUGGCCUUUUAUAUUUCAAUUUUAAUGACAUAGGAUUUAUUUCAGCCGUGAAAAAACUAUGGGCUUUGUGAAAAUAUUUUUAGUUCCAUUGCUUUGACUUCUCAAUCUGAUAUUUUUAAGACUGCUUAGAUUAUUUGGGUAAUAACUUAUAACCACCAACUUCUUUUAUGUAUUAGCAUGUUGUCCUUUAAUACCCAAAUCUAACAUGAAACUGAUUUUUAAUAAAUAUGUCUAAUUAUAUGAAAUUCUCGUUUUUUAAGUGUAGUUAAGUUAUCAAAUAGUUAUUCUAGUGCGUCAGUCUUGCAUAGUAACUCAACCACACCAUACUUUUGAUUUUAUCAUGAGCAACUUUAAAGAUAUAUUUAGAAACCAAAGUAACUACACGAAGAAAUAUAUCUUUAUGAUGAAAACCUUGUUGAUGCAUCCUAGGAAAAACAAACAGAAAAGAAAUCUUAUUUCAUUCCUUAGUGCUUCUGUAGUAUUCAGCAUCCGAGGAGGAAAGUUACUUGUAAAGAUAUUGGUAAUCAAGCUCGUUUUCAUAUGAAUUUAUUCAUUUAUAAAGCGUUUCUUUUGAUUUAUGAAUCAUUUUUCCGCUUAGUUUUUUAUCUUAAGACUAGUGAUGAUUUGUUCCUAAUUUCUGUAAGUUCAACGGAACUUCUCGGUUUUUUUGUGUUCCUUAUAACAUUGAUUUAAACUAAGCUUUUCGUGCACAAACUCACGAUCUAGACGAUUUGUUUUACAAAAAAAUUAUUUAAACCAGCGGUUAAGUGGUUGGUUCACAUAGCUUCUUCCCUUUAUUUCUUAUGUUCGAGUCCACCUUCAUCUAAUUCCACUUAGGCAUCCGGAUAGUCACAAAUGAUGUGGUUCAAAACCAAAUCUAAAAACAUGAUUUUGGUUGAUUACUUUGAUAGUAAAUGGAUUGAAAUUAGAAUUUUCCCGUGUGUAUUAUACUGACUCCACCGUUUAUAAAUUACUAUAAUUUCGCUUUUAUUAAACUGCCUUUUAAUUAAUGUAAAAUAGUUUACUUACGUCAAAUUACUUCUGUUCAAAA